CGUUUUAUUUUUCUUUACAUUUUGACGUUUGGAAUCUCGUGCAUUGGAUUCCAAAAUAAAGCAAAAGUUUCACAAUAAUUCACAAAAAUGCGUAUAGAAGCUUGUUACUUUUGUUCCUCCAGAAUUUUCCCUGGCCACGGUAUUCAGUUUGUACGAAACGACUGCAAAAUCUUUAAAUUUUGUCGAUCAAAAUGCCAUGCUGCAUUCAAAAAGAAAAAGAAUCCUCGUAAAGUAAAAUGGACCAAAGCAUACAGAAAGACAGUUGGUAAAGAAUUGGCCAUUGACCCGUCUUUCGAAUUUGAAAAGAGGAGAAAUGUACCUGUUAAAUAUAGCAGAGAAACAUUUACCAAAGCAGUUGAGGCAAUGAAGAAAGUUGAAGCAAUCAGACAAAAAAGACAAGGAGCAUACAUUAUGCAGAGGUUACGCAAAGGUAGAGAGCUCGAACAAGAACGCGAUGUCAAAGAAGUCCAAAGAGAUCUUGCUCUUAUCCGUUCUCCUGCAGCCGGUCUUAAACAAAAACAAGACGAGAAAAUGGCUGAAGACCAUAAACAAAGUGAAGAUGAAGAAGAAAUGGAAGGAGUUAUUGAAGAUUGUGGGGAAGUUGUUCUGUGAAACGAUAUUUUUUUUGUUUAUGAAUAAAGUAUAUUACUAUUUAA